AUGGCGUCGGUCCCAGCUCCGCCCGAGGACCAGGCUCGCCUGCUCGAGGAUGCCUUGAUAGCUGUGCGCCAGCAGACGCAAAUGAUGCGCAAAUGUCUGGACACUCCAGGGAAGCUGAUGGAUGCGCUCAAAUGCUGCUCUACUCUCGUCUCGGAGCUUCGAACAAGCAGUCUGGGUCCCAAGCAAUAUUACGAACUAUACAUGUCCGUCUUCGAUGCGCUGCGCUACCUCUCCGUCCACCUCCGUGAGAACCACCAAGUCAACCAUCUUGCCGAUCUUUACGAGCUAGUCCAGUACGCAGGCAACAUCAUCCCGCGACUAUACCUAAUGAUUACUGUGGGUACCGCCUACAUGGCUAUUGAGGCGGCGCCCGUCAAGGAGCUCAUGAAGGACAUGAUGGACAUGAGCCGUGGCGUCCAGCAUCCGAUCCGCGGCCUGUUCCUGAGAUACUAUUUAUCUGGCCAGGCAAGAGAUUACCUGCCACAGGGCGACGGCGACGGUCCUGAGGGCAACCUGCAGGACUCGAUCAACUUUGUCCUGACCAACUUUGUCGAGAUGAACAAGUUGUGGGUGCGGCUGCAACACCAAGGUCACUCGAGGGAGCGCGAGCAGAGGACGCAGGAACGCAAGGAAUUGCAAUUGCUUGUCGGCUCAAACUUGGUGCGACUCAGUCAAUUGGUCGACCUGGAGGCCUACAAGACGGCCAUCCUAGCGCCCCUCUUAGAACAGGUUGUGCAGUGCCGUGACGUUCUGGCGCAAGAAUACCUGCUGGAGGUCAUCACCCAAGUUUUCCCCGACGAAUACCACCUACAUACCCUUGACCAGUUCCUCGCUGCGGUCUCGAGACUGAACCCGCAUGUCAACGUCAAAGCCAUCGUUAUAGGCCUGAUGGAUAGGUUGUCCGAUUAUGCCGAACGUGAGUCCCAGAACGAGCCUGAAGAGGAUCGGGAGACGAUGGAGGCAGAGGCAAUAGCGCAACUUCUGGAGAAGGUCAAACUCGCCAGAGAGAACGCAGAGUCAUCAAGCCCGACAUCACCCCCGCCGCCUGAAGAGCAUAUGAAAAGACUCGAAAUGGGGGAUGAGAACAUUGCCCGGACGGAGGCCGAUGUUGAUACGACCGCAGAAAGGCCUGGACAGGAUGGGCAAUCAAUACCUGACAGCGAAGCUGCCGCCCUCAACGGCCAGGAUGGAGAGGGCAAUGGCGAGCAACAGGAGUCAGUAAAGAAGCACAGGGGCAUACCCGAAAACGUGAAGCUCUACGAGAUAUUCUUUGGUCAGGUCAAGAACCUCGUACAAGCCCAACACUUACCUAUUCAGGACACAAUCGCCUUGCUAGUCUCACUAGUCAACCUUGCGCUCAACAUCUAUCCAGGACGUCUGGACUAUGUGGACCAAGUCUUGGAGUACGCCACCACCAAAGUCAGGGAACAUGCCAACAGCCCUGAUUUGCACUCGCCUCCCGCACAACAAAGCCUCUUGGCUCUUCUCCAGGCGCCUUUGAAGAGAUAUGUGUCCAUGUUUACUGCUUUGGCUUUACCGACAUAUGUGCCUCUGUAUCAAGCACAGACGUACCCCACGCGACGAGCAGUAGCUGGCGAGGUGGCUAGAACCCUGCUUCGCGAUCGCAUACAGAUUUCCACGGUCGAUCAGCUCGAGAACGUGCUGGAGAUUCUCAAGGUGUUGAUAAAAGAGGGAUCACACCCACCACAAGGAUAUCCAGGUGUGGCGCCGGCCCGGCAACGCGCCAUGGAGACGGACGAAACGCUAGAGGAGCAGGGUUGGCUCGCCCGCAUCGUGCACUUGCUGCAUUCUGAAAACAACGACACUCAGUUCAAGCUCCUGCAGAUGACACGCAAGGCGUACGGUGACGGCAAUGAUCGCAUUCGCACGACAACGCCGCCGCUGAUAACGGCGGGCAUGAAGUUGGCCCGUAGGUUCAAGGCACGGGAGCACUAUGACGACAAUUGGUCCUCGCAGUCUUCGGCUCUGUUCAAGUUCCUGCAUUCUGCAAUUUCGACGCUGUACGCGCGUGUCAACGGUGCUGGGGCAGCCGAGCUCUCCCUGCGUCUUUUCUGUGCCUGUGGCCAAACGGCCGACGCAGCUGGAUUCGAGGAGGUGGCAUACGAGUUCUUUGCACAAGCUUUCACUGUUUACGAAGAAGCCGUGUCAGACUCGAAAGCUCAGUUCCAGGCAGUCUGCGUGGUGGCGAGCGCCCUGCACCAAACGCGCAACUUUGGCAAGGAGAACUAUGAUACUCUGAUCACAAAGUGCGCUCAGCACUCGAGUAAACUACUUCGCAAGCCCGAUCAGUGCCGAGCCGUAUACCUGGCUAGUCACCUGUGGUGGGCCACACCAAUUGCAGCCAACGGAGAGGAUGAAAACACCGAGUUGUACCGUGAUGGCAAGCGCGUGCUCGAAUGUCUGCAGCGGGCUCUCCGGGUGGCAGACUCGUGCAUGGAGACGGCGACAUCAAUCGAGCUGUUUGUCGAAAUCCUAGACAGAUAUGUUUAUUACUUUGAUCAACGCAACGAGUCGGUCACAACAAAAUACCUCAACGGCCUUAUUGAGCUUAUCCACUCCAAUUUCGCCGGCAAUCAACAAGACUCUGCAUCCGUCGAAGCUUGCAGGAAACACUUUCAACACACCCUGGACCUUAUUCAAAGCAAAGAAUAUGAGGGGAUUGUGUUGGAUCCCAAGUGA